CGCCUCUGCGAUGAGCUGGUUGGGGGAGCUGGUCUGGCGCCGCGCGCCGAUUGGCUGGACGGCCCGCCGCUCAGGCCCAGGAGCAGACGGCUCCUACUGCGGCUGGGCAUCGGCUCCGCUCUCGCGUCGGCCCGCGCUCCAGCUGCGCCCGGCCCGGCUCGGCCCGGCCCCGGCCUCCAAGCGAAGGCGCCGCUGCCGCCUGGGCCUCUCCCAGGGCCAUGAGGAGGCGGCGGCAGCCACUGCGGCCCGCGUCAAGGUGACCGGCCGGGACUGCGGCGGCGGUGGCGAGAGCGGGCGGACUUCUCCAGACGGGUUAUGUCACCAACAGAGACUGCCCUGAAGCUCCCUGUGGCCCAAAGACUAUGUACAACAGGAAUGGUCUGAUGGCUAGCGUGUUGGUCACCUCUGCCACUCCACAGGGCAGCAGCAGCUCAGACUCUCUGGAGGGCCAGAGCUGUGACCAUGCCAGCAAGAGCUACGACGCCGUUGUGUUCGAUGUCUUGAAAGUGACUCCCGAGGAGUUUGCUAGCCAGAUCACACUGAUGGACAUACCGGUAUUCAAAGCCAUCCAGCCGGAGGAACUAGCCAGCUGUGGAUGGAGUAAGAAGGAGAAACAUAGUCUCGCCCCCAACGUCGUGGCCUUUACCCGGAGGUUUAACCAGGUCAGUUUUUGGGUUGUACGAGAAAUUCUAACAGCACAGACUUUAAAAAUAAGGGCAGAAAUCCUGAGCCAUUUUGUGAAAAUAGCCAAGAAACUUCUAGAACUCAACAACCUGCAUUCUCUGAUGUCUGUGGUGUCAGCAUUACAAAGUGCACCCAUCUUCAGGCUGACAAAAACCUGGGCUCUUUUGAAUCGAAAAGACAAGACCACCUUUGAGAAAUUGGACUACCUGAUGUCUAAAGAAGAUAAUUACAAGCGGACUCGGGAAUAUAUCCGAAGCCUGAAGAUGGUUCCCAGUAUUCCCUAUCUAGGGAUCUAUCUGCUGGAUUUAAUCUACAUCGAUUCUGCAUAUCCUGCCUCAGGCAGCAUCAUGGAAAAUGAACAAAGAUCCAAUCAGAUGAACAAUAUUCUCCGAAUAAUUGCUGAUUUACAAGUUUCCUGCAGCUAUGAUCACCUCACAACCCUGCCCCACGUGCAGAAGUACCUGAAGUCCGUACGCUACAUCGAAGAGCUCCAGAAGUUUGUGGAAGACGACAACUACAAACUGUCGCUCAGAAUCGAACCUGGAAGCAGCUCUCCAAGACUAGUCUCUUCCAAGGAAGAUCUUGCAGGCCCCUCCACCGGCUCCAGUUCUGCGAGGUUCAGCCGGCGGCCCACCUGUCCUGACGCGUCUGUUGCUGGCAGCCUCCCCACACCCCCGGUCCCAAGACACAGGAAGAGCCACAGCCUGGGCAACAAUAUGAUGUGUCAGUUGAGUGUAGUUGAGAGUAAAAGUGCGACAUUCCCAUCGGAGAAAGCGAGGCACCUGCUGGACGACAGUGUCCUAGAGUCCCGCAGCCCCCGUAGGGGCCUCGCCCUCACCUCCUCCUCUGCCGUCACCAAUGGACUCUCCCUAGGCAGUAGUGAGAGCUCAGAGUUUAGUGAAGAGAUGUCUUCAGGGCUGGAAAGCAGGGGGCGCCUCUAUGCCACGCUGGGGCCCAACUGGCGGGUUCCAGUUCGGAAUUCUCCCAGGACCCGGAGCUGCGUCUACAGCCCCACUGGCCCAUGCAUCUGUACGCUGGGGAACUCAGCAGCAGUGCCCACCAUGGAGGGGCCUCUGAGAAGGAAGACUCUGCUCAAGGAAGGACGGAAGCCCGCGCUGUCCUCGUGGACCAGGUACUGGGUCAUACUCUCAGGAUCCACCCUCCUGUACUACGGAGCCAAGUCCUUGCGGGGCACAGACCGAAAACAUUAUAAAUCCACACCGGGGAAAAAGGUCUCCAUCGUGGGCUGGAUGGUGCAGCUGCCUGACGACCCCGAGCAUCCGGAUAUCUUCCAGCUGAAUAACCCCGACAAAGGCAAUGUUUACAAGUUCCAGACUGGCUCCCGGUUUCAUGCAAUACUGUGGCACAAGCAUUUGGAUGACGCAUGUAAAAGCAACAGGCCUCAGGUACCUGCAAACCUUAUGUCAUUUGAGUAAGUCUCUGCAGGACUUGGAGUGACUUCAGAGGCUUCUGGGAGCCCGGCCUGGGACUGGUGGUGAAGCACAUGUGCUGGGCACAGGCUGUUGGGAGACUCACAGCUGGACUCAAGGGUACCCGGCCUGUGGCCUCACAGUCCAGAGGGCUCCGCCAGUGCCAGAUCCACCUGCCAAUCCCCAGCGACUCUCAUGACACUCAUUCUGCAGCGCCACCCCGCCGGGCCGUGGUUGGACCCCAAACUGUACACCCAGUCCUCCCUCUCUGGGCCCUCGUCCGUCCACCAGCUGCUGCUGCGACUAGAGAGCAUUCGGCCCACGUUGGGUCCCAGUGCUUUCUCCUGCAUAAAAGAGUGGACAGUAUUAACCUGCGUUGAGGGGCCGGAGAGAAGGAACAGGCUGUGGAACUGGCUUUUUACACCCCAAGUGCAUGGGGUUGCUCACCCACAGGGCUGCCUCAGAUUUUGUACAACCCCCGAAGCGUCCUCUAUGUGUGCGUGCCGUAUACGUGUGCGUGUGAGCGAGUGUGAACUCUUCGAGAAACAUGCAUUUUGGCACAAGACUUGUGACAUCACACACUUCCUUCGCUUUGAGGCCCUGCUUUAACCUUGAGUGACAGCCUUGUCCACCGAGGAAGGUCAGAGUGAGAGCCCAGAUUCCUCCUGUGUUAAGGGUCCCUUGCAUUCUUUUACUGUAAACAACAAUGCCUUAAAUUGUGUCUUGUUUUCUGUUCCUAUGGGUGCUAUUCAUCUGGAAGCCCUGCUCCCUGGGCCCCCGGGUCCCUUCCAGGCCUCGUUGCUGUCUGCUCUUCUGAGACAGGAGCUGGCUUCAGGACCGUGGACUGGGCCGCUGGCCUGCUUGCUUCCUCCCAUCCCCUCUCCCUCGGGGUCUGAAGGCUCUUCUCUUCUCACUCCCUCCCACCAUGCCAGAAGGGGAACUUGUGACACCUUCUCCCAGCUUCUCAGAAGCAGCUCAGAGGCUGCCAUGCUCACAGUGAAUGGCUGCACAGAAGCUGCUUUGCAUCAACCUCUCCCCGCAGGGCAAGGCUUUUGCCCCCAUCAUCUCACCCCUUUGCCUCCACUGCCAGGGUGGGGCCCAGCGGGAUUCCUAAUUACACUGGGGAGCUGAGUGACACUGAGGCCUUAAGCUCCCCGAAUCUUGCCCCCAAACACAGUCACCAGCAAGUUCUCCAUCAUCCAAGUCCAAGGGCACAAUUGUUGAUGACCAAGGUGACAAGAGAGCAAAGCCCUGGGGAGUGAACGUUCCAAGCUCUGCAUCCAGUUAAGAGCUCUCUACAUGAACGAUGUCCUUCAUCUGUCAC